UGUUUCAUGUGAUUUGUCAUCUCGGAUCACAACUGUUCAUUUUCCUUAUCUUGAUUUGGGACUUCCUGAGAUAAUGAAGAUUGUCAUCCCUCUAACAGAAGCUCUUAGAAAUUCUCAUAGGAUAUAAUUUAUGCUCCGUCAAUUUUGCUGAGAGAGAGAGAGAGAGGCAGGGUUAUUGUUACCGAUGGUGUGUUGGAAGGCUUUUACAGUCGAGAAGUGAUGAAGCGUUGAACCACAAGAGUGAGCUACCAAGCGAAAUUUAUCCAGGGUAUUGAUCUUCACAGAGGGAAUGGCAUCUAAUAGCUUCUUUGAAAGGUUAAUCUUACUCUGGGAGGAAUGGGAGUUGCGGUUGCUCGUUCUGACGAGUCUCAUUUUACAGAUUAUCCUCAUUGGUCUAGGCAACAGAAGAAAAUACUCAACUGGGAACAAAAUCGCAUUUGUCUUAUGGCUCGCCUAUUUAUCUGCAGACUCGAUUGCAAUCAUUUCCCUUGGCAUCCUCUCACGUAGCCAAGGCAACUGCAGCGAUGCUUACAUAGAUCUUGAGUACGUAAUAAUGGCCUUCUGGGCUCCAUUUUUGCUCCUUCACCUCGGUGGCCCUGAUACAAUUACUGCGUACUCAUUGGAAGAUAAUGAAUUAUGGCUUCGGCACUUGCUCGGGCUAAUUGUCGAGGUUGCAGUGGCAUCAUACAUCUUUGUCAGGUCCAUGAAGCCUACUCAGCUAAAUUUCUUAGCCAUUCCAAUAUUUGUUGCAGGGUUGAUCAAGUAUGGCGAAAGGACUUGGGUUCUCAGAUUAGCUAGCAGUAAGCAAUUCCGAAGAUCACUCCUUCCACAUCCUGAUCCUGGCCCUAAUUAUGCCAAAUUCAUGGAGGAAUACACUUUGAAAGAAAUCGAGGGGUACGAGCUGUCUCUGACUGCUAUACCACCUCCUAGAGUCGCGCCUAGCCACCUAAUGCAAGAGGGCGAUGCAUUGAUCAUUGCUUAUGACUUUUUCUUGAUCUCCAAGUGCCUGUUCGCUGAUCUCAUCCUUAGCUUCCAGGAUCUCCAGAAGAGCCAACCAUUCUUCCAGAGAAGUGACUGGGAAGAUGCUUUCAAAGUGAUUGAAAUGGAACUCGGAUUCAUGUAUGAUGUGCUCUUUACCAAAGCCACAAUUGUACAUCAUUUCUGGGGUGGCGUUCUCCGAUCAAUCAGCUUUUCAUCUACUGCUGCUGCUUUAACAGCCUUCUGCCUGAUUGAUUUGUCUGGCUACUCUUCUGCGAAUGUGGGAAUCAGUCUAAUCUUGCUGGUUGGAGCUAUUGGUCUUGAACUAUAUGCGAUUUUAGUGCUCCUUUCAUCCGACUGGACAAUGCUUUGGAUGAGUAGGCAUGACAAUUUGAGAGCAGAAACGAGGGGGUUGAUUUCUGGCCUUCAUUCUUUGUCUAUCAACAAAAGGUGGUCCAACUGUGUCGCGCAGUACAACAUGUUAUCCUCUUGCUUUAAGGAUCGGACGGUCAGGUGCUGUGGACUUCUAAAUUGGAUGCACAAACAGCUAGAAAACUAUCAAGACGAUCAGAUGGAGCCAGUUUCGGAUUAUUUAAAGAUAUCAGUCUUCGAACAACUCUUGGAGAAGUCUUGGAACGCUGUGGAUUUCAGACUUUGCAAGGAGUUAUGCUCUUAUAGAGGUGAAUGGGUGCUCAAAAAAUAUGAGUGUAUUGAGAAACUCGGAUGGAGCAUCAAUGUGGAGUUUGAUCAAAGCAUCAUCCUCUGGCACAUUGCAACAGAUCUCUGUCUCUAUGAUGAUAGCAGUAACAAGAAUCUAGAUAUUGUGAGUAAGUCACGAUGUGAAGCAAUCAGACUAUUAUCAAAUUACAUGCUGUUCAUACUAAUGAAGCGUCCGUUCAUGUUGCCCGAUGGAAUCGGGCAAAUCAGGCUCCAAGACACCUGCGCCGAGGCCGAGGCUUUCAUCCAAGAAAGGAAAUAUAUACAAAACAAGAGCCUCGCUUGCAAGAAACUGCUUGAGGUGGAUACCCGGAUUUCACCGGUUGAUGUAAAAGGAGAUCGGAGUAAGUCCGUGCUGUUCGAUGCGUGCAGGCUCGCGAAAUCGCUGCAAUCACUGGACACCAGAAACCAAAAGAAGUGGGAAAUGAUAAACGAGGUGUGGAUAGAGAUGCUGUGUUACGCCGCGAGUCAUUGCCGGUGGAAUCAUCAUGCCCAGCAGCUUAGAAGGGGAGGAGAGCUACUCACUCAUGUGUGGAUUCUCAUGACACAUCUCGGCAUAUCUGAGCAGUUUCAAAUCUCACAGGGUCAUGCCAGAACCAAACUGAUAGUGCAAUGAUUUUCUACUCAGAUUUAUUGUAAAAUGCUAGUGCUUUGUUCCAGAACCCUUCCUUCACUAUCUCAUCAAUUACUUCACGUAACAUUUCCCGCCAACUUGGAAUACUAGCAGAACGUCAAUUUCAUGUCUUUAA